AUGUCAAAUUGUCACCCAGAAAUAUUCCUCUUUUCUAUUAUCAGUCAGUAUAUCUGUUCGAUUUUAUCAAUUCCAAUUUAUGCGAUAACGUUCUCAGUUUUGAUUUUUAAAUGUCCAAAAUAUUUCGAUAAUCGAUAUCGAAAUUACCUGAUUGCUCAUCUUGUUUCAAAAUUCAAAAAUCCAAAAAUUCAGAAAAUCAAAAAAUUUCAAAAGGUUUGGAUUUUUAAAUCAAAAAUUUGA